AUGGACAUAUUGAAAUCAAGCUCCCACAUGGCUCUCUCAUCUUACUUGGCAGAGGAAGACAAAUCUACACAUGGGCUGGAGAUUGUCUUCCGAAACUUCAAUCUGGCGCUGAUUGAUAAUAUAUCUGCUGAGUAUUCGUUUAUGGCCGAGAUGUUUUCUGCGAAAACAAUACAUUAUACUUCUCAGAAAGUGACGGAGAUCUUCGAGCCCACAUUGGCAUCUGGGCAGGCUCUGACAAAACAGCUUAUCGAGACCACUACUGACUGCAUUGGGAUCCUCCUUUGUGUAAGAUUAAACCAGCAAUUUGCAUUUGAAAUGCAACGUCGGAAGGUCCCUGUGGCGGAUCCUUACAUCAACGGCAUCAACAUGCAGCUCUGGCCUCGGUUCCAAAUGAUCAUGGACAUGCAUCUUGAAUCGCUGAAGAGGAUAUCAACAGCAUCUACUAGAAGUGGCCUUUCAGUCCUAGCUCUGACAUCAACCGAUGCCCAAUCAUCUGCACCGCACUUCCUUACGCAAAGAUUUGGCCAGUUCCUGCAUAGUAUAUUGACAUUAUGCAACGAAGCUGGUGAUGAUGAGCCGAUUUUCAACAGUCUAGGCAGACUGGUGAAUGAAUUCGACGCCCUGCUCACCAAACUAAGCAAGAGCAGCGGUGACGCCAAAAGAAGAGAACGUUUUCUCUUUAACAAUUACUCCUUAAUUCUAACUAUUAUCAGUGUAAGUCAUGAUUUAUCUUUAUCCACGAGUUUGAACGCUCCUAAUCUUCCUUUUUAG